AUGCUCGAAAGGUUUUUAUUAUUGCAAGACUACAUUUAUCCAGUGACGUCUAAGUGUGCUAAUCCGCCACCGAUGCUAAGCCAUGAAGAAACUUUAAUUUUGAAAGAUGUUAUGAAUCUCAUGCAACCAAUAAUGAUUAUCAUAAAUGAACUGAGUGGUGAUUCGUAUUUAACCUGUAGCAUUAUUAUUCCUGCUGUUGCUAUAACGAAAACGAAGAUUAAUUUUUCUAAACCAAAAACUGAGACUGGAAUAAUAUUUAAAAAACAUUUACUGGCUUCAUUUGAACAACAAUUCCAUGACGUUGAAUCUUUCCCAAUAUUGUGUAUUUCUACUGUAUUAGAUCCCCGAUUUAAAAAACUUCAUUUUCAAAAAGCAACACGUGCUGCAGAUGCAGUUGAAUACAUUCGACAGAAAAUGAAGUCUGAAGUUUCUCAAACCUCUACAUCUCAGUCAGUUUCUACUAAUGUAAACUUCGAAGAAGCCUUAAAUAAACAUAAUAUUUGGCGACACCAUGAUCAACUCGUAGCCAAAACAGGUGCAGCAGUUUGCUCAGCGGAUGGUAUUGCAUUUGAGCUCAAACAAUAUAUUACUCAGCCUGUUAUUCUGAGAAAGGAAGAUCCUCUGAAAUAUUGGCAGUUAAUAAAACCUUCCUACCCAAAUCUUUAUAAAAUUGCUAUGAAAUAUUUUUGCGUUGUAGGGACAUCUGUUCCAUGCGAAAGGCUUUUCUCUAAAGCUGGUAAUAUUAAAACUGUUGACCGUAAUCGUCUCACCGGAAAGAAUUUAGAUAAGUUACUCUUUUUGAGUAGUAUGAGUCCAGAAGACUGGGGAUUAUGA